AUGGCUGCCCCGACCACCUCGCCGGCGACGCCCGGAGAGGAUAACGCCUCCACCGAGGCCUCCCCCAGAUAUUUCUCCCGCAUCUGCUCUCGCCCCUCCCCCAGAUCCGCCUCCUUUCCCUGGCGCCUGAGGCCACUGCCUCAGCUCACCGGACCCCCCUCCUGGGUCCGCCCUGUCGACCUCAUCCACGAGCUCCAGCUCGCCCCGACGCCGUUCAUCCUCGCCGUGGCCGCCUCGUUGUCCCUGGCCUCCUCCCCGGCGAGCUCCGUCCGCUGCGACCGUCCUGCUGCUACUAAACUCCCGCCGGCCAUCGUGUGCCCCACGGUGAGGCUCCCAUCCCGCCUCCUCUCCUGUUACCUCUCUAGGACAACCGCCAUCAUUCGCGUCGACGACCGCAGCCGCGGGCUCCGCUCGCCGCGUCCCCCUACACCCCAUACCGCGCCCGAGCAUUCACGAGCUCGCGAGAGACACAUUGUGGCCGUGCUCCCCGCGCCUCACCGCGUCUGCCUCGCGCUCCGGCCGCGUUCGGCGUGCACGCAUGCCCGCGCCCAUGGCCUCUGCCCGCUCGCCCCCUUCUAUCUGCUGCUGCUACUUGACCGCAUCGACACCCCACAGCGCCGACCGCUGCAGCGCUGCUCUGCUGCCGAUGAUCUACGCUGCCGCCGCCUGCAACCUCUUCCCGCAAGCAACCCACCUGCUGCUCCCCGGUCACCGCCCGUCGCCGCCGCCCCUGGCUUCUGCUGCUGCGCGCCACCGCUCGCCCCGCCCUUGCAGCCCCGCCUCUCCGCCGGCCGCCUCGGCCACCACUGCACCUGGCCUAGCCCCCCGCUUCCCCCUUGCCGGCGCCCCGGUGACCAUCGCCGGCCACGGCCUCGCCCGUCCCCAUUCGGGCGGGCGCCCACACCCGCUCGCCCAGCGCCUGUUAGGCCUUAUGGGCCACUGCCAUAG